GUUAUGUUCAACUAUAAAUAUUGCAGGCUCUUCCAGCUAUUUUGUAUUCCGCGACUUAGGUGCAUGUUCAUAAAGCACAAAAACACCGAUAUUCGAGAUACCUUAAAAUAUCAUCAAUGGCUGUCAAACUUUAUAUUGUAUACUACUCAUUGCACGGACAUGUGGAGAGACUAGCAGAAGAAAUAAAGAAGGGGGCUGAUUCUGUAGAAGGUGUUGAGGCCACACUAUGGCAGGUAGCAGAGACAUUAUCUGAUGUGGUGCUAGGUAAGAUGAGGGCACCACCAAAGAGUGAUGUACCAAUCAUUACCCCACGUGAGCUCUCUGAGGGUGAUGGUUUUGUGUUUGGCUUCCCAGCAAGAUAUGGAAUGAUGCCUGCUCAGUUCAAAGCUUUUCUGGAUGCAACUGGAGGUCUAUGGAACAAACAGCAGCUUGCUGGAAAGCCUGCAGGACUCUUCUUCUGCACCAGUUCCCAGGGUAGUGGGCAAGAGGAAACAGCGCUCACUGCUAUAACUCAGUUGGUUCAUCAUGGAAUGUUAUUUGUUCCAAUUGGAUAUACAUUUGGUGCUGGAAUGUUUGAAAUGGAGGAACUCAAAGGUGGAAGUCCAUAUGGUUCUGGAACUUUUGAUGGUGAAGAUCACUCAAGACAGCCCACUAAGCUUGAGUUGGAACAAGCAUUCCAUCAAGGGAAGUAUACAGCCACCAUCACAAAGAAGCUUGCGUCAACAAAAUAGGCAUACAAAUAAAGAAUGAUUGAAAAUCAUAUUAUCUACCUUUUAGUCCUAGAAUGCUGAGUUCUGUUUUUAUGUGGUUGUCGCAAGUAAUUAAUACACGUUUAUGUUUUCAAUAAGUAAAUGUUUUGUAUUUAGUUUGCUGUUAUAUGAUGCAGUGGUUAUUGAUUUGUUACGUUGAAUGAAGAAGAUUGCUAGUCAUUUCCUACAA